UUCAUCCUCAUCCUCUCUCCGCCUCUUCUCUAUCUCUCUCUCGCUCUCCAUUUGAAGUGGGACUAGAUACAGCUAGUACUUUGAGGAAUAAUGUCGAGGGAACGCAAGAAAGCGGCUGCUCUACAUGAGAAGAUGCAAAUCCUGCGCUCCAUCACUCACUCCCACGCGCUGAGCAAUACUUCCAUAAUCAUGGAUGCGUCGGAGUACAUCAAGGAGCUGAAGCAGAAGGUCGUGAGGCUCAAUCAGGAGAUCGCACGCGAGGAGGAAGCGACGCACUCGCACAAGGACAACUCCUUUCCGACGGUGAGUGUGGAAAGCCUAGGGCAUGGGUUCCUCGUGAACGUGUCCUCCGACAAGAGCUGCCCCGGCCUCCUCGUCUCCGUGCUGGAAGCGUUCGAGGAGCUGGGCCUCACCGUGCUCCAAGCCACGGCGUCUUCCACCGAUACCUUCCGACUGGAAGCGAUGGGAGGAGGAGAGAGCCAGGCCCAUAAUGUGGACGAGGAUGCCGUGAGGGGGGCGGUGCUGCAGGCCAUGAGGAACUGCGGCGCAGACCAAGGGGAUCAGUAGCUGGUAGCUGGCGCUCCAACGGCGCUUCCACUAGCUAGCUCUUAACCAUUUCCUCCUCGAUCGCCUGCACAAGGGCCAUGUACUUGCAUAGUCAUGCCUCUUCUCUCACUCUCACUGAGAUGAUCAGAUAUAUGUCCAGGGCAAUCGUAAUCAAUUCCAUCAUGUCAUGGUAAUUGUAUGCGAUCUGGCAAGGUAUUAAUUGUGGGAUUGAAUGGGUAUCUACUGGGCUCUUGUAGUGUGCGUGUAGAAUUUGCAUGCCUUGAGACUUUAUGAUUAGCUCGUAUGUAUUUAUGUUAAAUUACGCCUGACUUGUGA